AUUUAUCAGUGUGAGGGUGAGCAUAGUUGAUUCAAUUCCAGGACAAAAAAGUCGACAACAGGCGUGUCUGAUAGUUGAAUCAGUGUGUUGGGAUUGGUUGAUAUUACUACAGAUCUCCGGAACCCGCAGUAUCAUUCACCAAUUGGAAUUUAUCUGGGUGGAAACAAGAACGGGUUUCACGAUGUUGAUGUAAUACUGGUGGGGAAACGGGCUAGGUCUGUUUUUAAGACAGAUAGUACUGUGCCGUUGGCUCGUGCCGUUGUGGUUCACCCUGAUCAACAAAAUCUAAUAUUACAGCAUCAUAAAAAAAGUUUUCUUGUAUAUUUAUAAAUAGAUUAAAAUUAAAAAAUAGAUAAAAACAUAUCAGAAUAAUAGUACCACCUCAUUAGCAUGGAUAAUAAAAUAAAACCAGUUUGUUAAUUCACUAGUGUUUUGGAGUAAUUGAAUAAUAUUAUAGUUAUUGUGUUACGUUAAUUGUGUUUUAUCUUUGAUAUUAUUAUCAUCAAGCAAAAUUGGACUAAAGUGGAAUUUAUGAAGUGCAGAUAUGUUAUGAUUAAGGGACUUUGACAUGCUCAGUGAUUUUGUCGUUGUAUGAUUUUGAUGUUUACACUUCUAGACUUGGACAGAUGUGUAUGACAUAUUUUGAUGGAACUGUCAGACAAAUUAAUUUUGAACAUAUCACAAGUGACAAAAAAGUGAACAAUCAAGUCGGAUAAAUAAAGUUAUAUUUUCUUUUUUUGUUUUUAUUUAUUUUUUUUUCAUUUAGUUUAGUGGUUGUGCUGCUAAUUAGGCAAAAAUUGUGCUACUGUUCAUUUUAUCUCGAUACAAUACAAAAGUGAUACAAUAUUAUUAUCAAUUCAAAUUGAUAAUAAUUAUAACUAUACCAAAAAGUAUAUAAUAUUGUGUUAGUUUUUUAAACUAUAUUAGAAUUUAAAAAAGGGAUUUUAACGCUAUCCGUCGGACCGAAAUGAGUCAAUGAAAUUUACACCUGUGAUUUAAUAAACUAAUUUUUAAAUUUGAUAUAAAAAAUUCAUUAAUUUAAAUUUAGUCAUUGCCAGUUAUUAAUUUAGACAAUAAAUAAUUUUGUUUGAAUGUUAAUAAUAGAAAAUAAAAAAAACGACAAAUAUAAAUUGAUUAAAAAUACUAAAAAUAUAUAAAUAAAAAAAAAAUUUAAAAAUAUAAAUGAACAGUGAAUACAGUGAUAUUGAGUUAAAAUAAGUCACGUUGGUUCCCAACAUGGUGUUAGAACCAGGAGGUGGCCUGUCGUUCCCACCACCUCCUGGUGGUGGAACAGCCGGUACAGGUGGUACACUAUUGGGCCAAGCACGGCUGUUCCAGAGGGCGACACCAGUAUUUCCAUUUCAUCUUGCUGGAUGGCCAUCACAUCAUGCUGCUGUACUUGGAAAUGUACAAAAUCAAAUGCAACAAACAAUGCAAGCUCAGCAUCAAGCUGCAGCUGCUGCUGCUGUACGUUUUUUAAGUCAUCAUCAUCCUCAUCAUUCGUCAUUAACAGGCCAUCCAUUGGUACCAAGUAUAUCUCAUCAAUCUGGUACUUCUCUUAUACAUCAUUCAAAUGAUCAUCAAGAUGAUGACGACGAUAAAAAAGGAUGUGAUAAUGAGUCGGAUGAGGGCGGAAGUAAACGUAGAAGAAGCCGGACAAAUUUCAAUAGUUGGCAAUUGGAAGAACUUGAACGUGCAUUUCUUGCGAGUCACUAUCCAGAUGUUUUUAUGCGUGAAUCGUUGGCUGUGAGACUUGAGUUAAAAGAGAGCCGUGUUGCUGUUUGGUUUCAGAAUCGACGUGCAAAAUGGCGAAAAAAAGAACACACUAAAAAAGGACCAGGAAGACCGGCACAUAAUGCACACCCUCAAAGUUGUAGUGGUGAACCAAUUCCACCAGAAGAACUUAGACGAAAAGAACGUGAAAGGCGGCAAAAAAAAUUGCUAAAAGCAUUAGAAAGACAACAAAGAAAAUUAGCUGCCAAGGGUAUAUCAGUAGAUCUAACGACGUUACGUGCUGAAUGGGAAUCAAGAAGUGCAGCAGCAUCAAGUGGUAGUGCAUUGAAUGGACAUUUAAGUGGUUCAUUUGGUCAUUUAGGUAGUCUUAAUGAGGGUAGUAGUGUAUCUGGUUCUGGUAAUGAUGCUAAUGAAGAAAUUGAUGUUGUUGGUGGUUUAGAUUCAUGCAGCGAGAGUGAAAGUGAAAGAAUUGAUUCAGCAGCUGAUGGAUCAGUUGAUGGUGAAUGUUAUUCAAGAAUAAUAAAUGAUAAUAAUGAUACUGGAAGAACAUCAAGUUCAUCAGAACAACAAAGUCCAAAUAAUGGAAUAAAUAUUAAUUUAGAUUUAAAUCAUCAACAUGGUAUACGUCAUUGGGGUCUUAGUUUAUUAGAAAGACGUAGAGAACUUGUUAAUUUAAGUAAUAAUGUACUUGGUAUAACAACAAAUGAUAAUAAUACAAGAUGUUUAACAAUUGGUACAUUAGAUAGACAUCAUCAUCAUCAUCAUCAUCUUCAUAAUGAUGAUGAUGUUGUACAAAAUGGUAGCAUUGAUUUAUCAGUUAAAGGACGUGAUGAUAGAAGAAGACUUAAUCCAUUUUCAAUUGAUAGUUUACUUGGUAAUAAUAAAAGUACAUCAGCAACAGCUAAAUUUGAACAAAAUCGUUCAUCAACACCAUCAACAUUAACAAGACAAUCUAGCUCACCAACAUCACCAAUAUCUGUACCAACAUCACCAUCAACAACGUAGUCCAUUUAGUUUAUUAUUUGUUUUAACAUAAAUCAUAUAUAGCUAUUUUAUUUUUUCGUUUUUCUUUAUAAAUAAAAACACAAAUUAUUAUUUUUUAUUCGAGACUAUAUAUCAUUGUCGACACAUAUCUUCAGAGUUAAUUUUAUUGUCGAUGUUGAUUAUAUCAUUUUUUAUUUAUGUAAGUGUGCAAUAAGAAAGUGAGCUUGUGUUUUGAG